UAACGGUUGGCCACGUUUACAUCAGGUAGUGUUUUAAAAACAAGAGUCUUGUAUUAUAGCAGUACAAGUUUGAAGGAGAAGCAUGAGAGACGUAUUUCUCAUUGGAUUCCUUCUCGUUCUCUUUAACACAGCAGUUUUCACACGGGGACUACACAAUCACUCGUAUAAGUACAGGUACCAUGCCCGAUGGUACAGGAAUGUCGAGACCCGGAAAGACUCGGCGUUGGAAGGAACUGCCUCCCAGUCAUCAACGGACAGCGAUGUAGAAGUUUCCAAACGUGGAGAACAGAUUCUCCCGGUUAAGUACAGAUACCUUACACCGUGGUUCAGGAAUGUCGGGACCCGCAAAAACUGGGCGUUGAAUGGAACUGCCGCCCAAUCAUCAAUGAACAACGCUGUAGAGGGUCCAGAGAAGGCGGUGGAUGGCGAUAGAACUAACGUUCUAUCCGGAGAAAGUUGUGCUAUAAGUCUACUUUCCCGAGACCCAUGGUGGCUUGUGCAUCUUCAACAGAGAAUACGUGUUGAACAAGUGUUUAUCGUCAACCGAGUUGAUGGUAAAAAUCUACUCGACUUUUGGAUUUAUAUUAUGAGUCGUUUCAUUGAAAAUACCCGACGUCUCUACACAGGAUUCAGAUAUGCUGGCUAUUGCCUAAAGUUCAAGGGACAUUUCCCGGUUGGUGGCGCACGCCUCCUGUACUGUGAACACCCGGUAGUAGGGGAGGUCGUUAAACUAAAAAUGUAUGACAGCAACAAAAGGAUCAGCCUAUGUGAAGUUGAAGUAUAUGGAACACAAUACCUGCCAGAUUCGGGUUCCCUCAACUGGGCUAGAGGACUUCCUGCAACUCAGUCAUCAGAGUCUGCGACUGAGUGGGGGAAGGCAGCUUCAAACGCUGUAGAUGGUGACUACAACUGCGAUAAUAAUCUUGGUUCGUUCACACAAACAAGCCAAAAUGACAAGAAUCCAUGGUGGAUGGUGGACCUGCAACAAGUGCUUGUAAUAACCCACGUUAAAGUUUUCAACAGAAUGGAUUGUUGCCAGGACCGUCUUCAUGAAUUCGAGAUUAUGACGCUGUUUUAUCCUAACGACCACGAGCAGGGUAUAUGUUGGUUUCGAAAAGAAGCAGUUCUGAGCAAAUCCAACAUCUUGCCCUGUGCCUUGUAUGUGAAAGGGCGCUACGUCCGAAUCAAUUUUUAUGGUGACGUGAAAAUGAGACCUCUUUCGUUGUGCGAGGUUGAAGUGACCGGUUGGAAACUAGUUGCAGACCCAGAAUACUACAAGAGUCGAGACAACGAAGCUUUAGAUAGGCGAACAUCUCAAUCCACCACUUAUGAACAUCGAGAUUCACACAAGGCUGUUGACGGAAAUGCAGUAAACCACUGGUUUAGCAACACAUGCACCAUGACUGCUAUUGAUGACAAUCAUCCAUGGUGGAAGGUCGAUCUUGGUGGCAAGAUGUUCGUCGAAGCUGUGCUUAUGUUCUUUCCACUUGAAUCAGUUGAGAUCAUUUCGGAAAACUGGUCGGUCUAUAAGCCUGCCUGGCAGUCAUCAACACGUUGGGGACUAACUGCCGAUAAGGCUGUUGAUGGCGGAUAUAUGUGUCAUACGAUUCGCUACACAUACACAUAUACGGACCCAGAUGAUAAAUAUCCAUGGUGGAUGGUUAAUCUGCAGUUCAUGAUAAUGGUCAAAGAGGUCAAAAUUUUCAACCGCCAGGAUUGUUGCAUGGAGCAUCUUCAUACCUUCUUUAUUGAAGUUCUGCAGUCUAAAGACGAAAUCUCGCCAGGUGUAUGUCAUCAUCAAUACUACCAUAUACAGUAUUAUGCAGUGUUUCCGUGCAACCGGUAUCUUAGAGGACAGUACGUUCGAAUCUGGAAAGAAGGUCCGGUCAGUGGUGGUGACAUUCUUUCACUGUGUGAAGUGGAAGUGAAAGGAGUUAAACUAGUCGAGUCCAAGGACUGGGCCAAGCAGAUGCCUGCCUUUCAGUCAUCAACGGCUGGGAACAUGUCAGCUGAUUUGGCUGUCGACGGCAAGAACAACUGCAGCGUUCACGGUAGUUUUUCUCAUACAUAUGAGCACGACCUAAAUGCAUGGUGGAUGGUGGAUCUGAAACAAACAUUAAUGGUCACUGAGGUCAUCAUUUACAACCCACAUAGUGAUGUUGUUGCAGACACUACAUCUGACAACUGGGCCUGGAAAAGGCCUGCUUAUCAGUCAACAACACAAGGGAACAAUGUAGCUGAUCGGGCUGUUGAUGGUAAUAUUGAUUCAGACUUGAAUCAUGGUUCAUGUACCCUCACUGCGAAUGGCGAUUUAGACCCAUGGUGGAUGGUAGACCUGCAAAUGAUUAUAAUGGUGAAAAAGGUGAAAGUUGUCAACCAGAAGAGUUGUUGUGCUCUCCACGACUUCUACAUUGACAUUCUGCAACAUCGUGAUGAAUCUUCGCCUUCUGUCUGUCAUCAUCAAAAAGAAGCUGCUGAGAAAUCUGCCACGUUUUCAUGUAACCCACCUGUGAAAGGGCAAUACGUAAGAAUCAGGAAGCACAUAGAAGCCAGCCACGAUUUCCUUUCAUUAUGUGAAGUAGAAGUGAAUGGUAUCAAAACAGACACAAGUAUCCAAAACUGGGCCUGGAAAAUGCCUACUUCUCAGUCAUCGACACAUGAGAACUUUGGGUCUGAACGGGCUGUUGAUGGUAAAUUCGAUAGCAACUUUUAUCAUGGUUCCUGUUCAUGUACUGGGAUGAACGAUGCCAAACCAUGGUGGAUGGUAAACCUGCUACAACUUAUAGAGGUGAAAGAGGUCGUACUUAUCAACCGGGAAGACUCUAAUGUUGGUAAUCGUCUCCACGAUUUCUACGUUGAAAUUCUGCAGCAUGAAGAUGGAUCUUCGCCUUCCCUUUGUUAUCACCAAACACAACGUGUGGAUUCAUUUGUCAAGUGUCCAUGUAAUCCACCUUUGAAAGGGCAAUACGUAAGAAUCAGAAAAGAGAAACCGGUUACAUACGACGAUGUGCUUACGUUGUGUGAAGUAGAAGUGAAGGGUAAGAAAAUAGCCCAUGACUCUUACAACUGGGCCUGGAAAAGGCCAGCGUUUCAGUCGACAACAUACGGGGACAAAGGAGCUGAUCGGGCUGUUGAUGGAAACAAUGAUAGUAACUACAAUCAUGGUUCCUGCACAAGCACUGCGGUUGGAGAUUCCCAUCCAUGGUGGCUGGUAGACCUGGAAGUGCUUAUAAUGGUGGACAUGGUUGUGGUUUACAACCGGAUGGAUUGUUGUGCUUAUCGUCUCCACAGCUUCUACGUUGAAAUUAUGCAUGUUCGUUAUGAACAUUUGCCUUCUGUCUGUCAUUACCAGAAACACGCUAUAGGGACAACUGCAACGUUUUUGUGUAACCCAUCUAUGAGAGGACGAUACGUGAAAAUCAGGAAAGAGACACUUAUUGAUGGAAAUGAUCUCCUUUCGUUGUGUGAAGUAGAAGUGAGGGGUGGCGAAAGAGUUCACCCGGGUAUGAAAUCUCCCUACUGGUCAAGAGGAAUGCGUGCCUUUCAAUCAUCAGAAGGAGGCAAGCCAGCUUCUCUUGCUGUCGAUGGAAAUUACAGCUGCAACUUUAAUGGUUCUUACUCUUACACAAGUGAACAGGACAAAUCUCCAUGGUGGAUGGUAGACCUGGAACAAUACGUACUUAUAUCAGGAGUUCAGAUUGUCCACAACAUUUCUUGUUGUGGUGGUCAGCCUCUCUGGAACUUCUUUAUUGAAGUUAUGAAGACAUAUAAUGAAGCUUCGCCUCCCAUAUGCCAUUACCAAAAUACUUCAUUAACCAACUCAACCACAUUCCUGUGUAGGCCAAAUUUGGUAGGACAGUAUGUCCGUAUCAGGAAGGCACCACUAUCCGAUGCAUCAGCUACCAAUAUUCUUGCUUUGUGUGACGUGGAAGUGCAUGGGAUGGCAUUAGGUCAUUAUCAUAAUGAAUUCCAUGUCGAAGUUCUACAAUCUCGCCAUGACGAUGCGCCACGCUUAUGUUCUUACAAAACAUUGGCAGUAGACAGAUCCGUCAUGUUCUGGUGUAAUCCAUCUCCGCGAGGGAGAUACGUCAGAAUCAGCAAAAAGGAUGCAGAGGUCGGCUUUCAUAUCCUAAAGCUGUGUGAAGUAGAAGUAAAGGGUGUUCCAACAGUGUCCGUAGAUAUUACUUCGGAGAAUUGGGCUGUCGGCAAACCUGCAACUCAGUCAUCAACAGAGUGGAAUAAGCCUGCUCCAAACGCUGUUGAUGGCAACUAUAAUUGCGGCUAUGAUGCCUCAAUUACACACACAGACGUAAACGACAAAUUUCCAUGGUGGAUGGUGGACUUGGAAACCUGGAUAAAUAUCACAGCUGUCACACUUUACAAUCGUGCUGAUUGUUGCCCUGAACGUCUCAACAACUUUGCUGUUGAAGUCAUCGGAUGUCUGUUCAUGAAACCUGAUAUAUGUCACAACCAAACAUCAGCUGUUGGAAAAUAUAUCACAAUUCCGUGUAACCCGUCUCUGAGAGGGCGGUACGUCCGAAUCCGUAAAUAUGGUCCAAUACCAAACACUGCUGUCCUUUCUUUGUGCGAAGUAGAAGUGAUUGGGAUAAAAACAGGUGAAAGCGACAGGGUCUGUUCUGACAACUGGGCCAGGGGGAAGCCUGCCUCACAGUCGUCAACAUUCAAAGAAGCUCAUCUGGCUGUAGAUGGGAACUACACUUGUGGAACUGAUGGCUCAUUUUCACAAACAUCCACAAACAAUCUAUACCCAUGGUGGAUGGUAGACCUAUUACAUAUGUUCACAAUUGUAGCCGUCAAAGUGUACAACCGUCAAGAUUGUUGUCAAGAUCGUCUCAAGAACUUCGCUAUUGAAAUUCUAAAGUCUUCAGAUGACACUGGUAUAUGUUAUAACCGAACCAGUAGAUAUGUAGAAACAAGUGAAAAGUUCUUUUGUAACCCACAUUUGGAUGGGCGAUACGUCAAAAUCCAGCAAUAUGGUUCUGUCAGCGACUACAUUUCAUUGUGUGAAGUAGAAGUCUUUGGAUCAAAAGUUGUUCCAGGUUUAGAAUCCGAAAAAUGGGCGAGAGGGAUGCCUGCCAUUCAGUCCACAACACGCAAUUCACUCGAGGCUCGCAUAGCUGUUGAUGGCCACACCUCCUGCGAUUUAGGGCCACCUUAUACAACGGAGACGCUUGAGUCUGAUACUCAUCCAUGGUGGAUGGUGGACCUGGAGAACAUCAUUCUAGUCACAUCAGUCACAGUUUUCAGAGGACAAGAAAGCGGUCAUCUUCAGAACUGGGCCUUGGGAAAGCCUACAUGGCAGACAUCAACAUAUGGACAUAGAGAUGCUCAUUUUGCUACAGAUGGCCAGUACGACUGCAAGCUUAGCUACUCACAGACAGACAUACGUGACCCUGCGCCCACGUGGGUGGUGAAUCUGGAGCAGACGAUACUGGUCACGGAGGUCACACUGUACAACUGUUGCGGUGGAACACAUCUUCAUGACUUCUAUGUUGAAGUUAUGCAGAAUCGUUUUACUGAAACCGAUACAGUUAUAUGCCACUACCAGAGAUUACCAAUUGGCUCAUCUGCGUCAUUUGCGUGUCCAUAUGCAAAAGGACGGGCUGUUCGCAUUCGAAAGGAACACUUACAAUCAAUCAAUGAUUUCCUUGCGUUGUGUGAAGUUGAAGUGAAGGGAAAGGAAAUUGAUACACUUCUUAAGAAUUUCGUCAUUGACGUUCUCAAGUUUCCUACGGACCCGAGGCCAAGUUUAUGUCAUGAACAAGUAGAGCCCGUCAAGACGAAUAAAACAAUUUUGUGUGACCCACCUGUGGAAGGGCGGUACGUCAGAAUCACGAAACAUAGUCCGCUUCCACCAGGAUAUACACUUGCUUUGUGCGAAGUCGAAGUGAAAGGGUACAAAACAGGUGAUUCUGACAAUUGGGCCUUGGGAAAGCCUGCAUUCAUGUCAUCUACAUAUGCUCAUAGACCUGCUCAAUUUGCUGUAGAUGGCAAUUACGAUUGCAAAAUUUCCUUCUCUCAAACACGCUAUAAAGACAAAGAGCCCACGUGGGUGGUGGAUCUGGAGCAGACGAUACUGGUCUCGGAAGUCAAACUGUUCAACCGCCAGGACUGUUGCGAAACACAUCUUCGUAACUUCUUUGUUGAAGUAAUGCAGACACUUAAUACCGAGAAUUCGACAUUUGUAUGCCACCACCAGAUAUCAGCAAUUGGUACAUCUGCCUCUUUUCGAUGUCCAUCAGUGCAAGGACGGUUUGUUCGGAUUCGAAAAGUACAUCCAGUGUCAGAUGAUGAUGUCCUAUCGUUGUGUGAAGUGGAAGUGAAAGGAAUGGAAAUGGACAACGGUGUCCAUAACUGGGCCUGGAAGAAGCCAGCAUUCCAGUCUGGAACAUUUCCAGAAUAUUGUGUUGCUGGCCUCGCAGUUGACGGCAAUUUCAAGUGUCACGUGCCCAACGAUUACUCAAAAUCAUCUAUUUACAAUUCCUACCCGUUUUGGAUGGUAAAUCUCGAAGCAGCUGUAUUGGUGACUGAAGUCAAGAUUACCAUGGCUAACGAGUCUCUUUACAACUUCUAUAUUGAAGUUAUGAUGUCUCCAUUUGAAAAGACGUCUUCCGUAUGUCAUCACCAAACAGGAUCGGCUCCUCCGUAUGCCGUGUUUCCCUGUAGGCCAUCUUUAAAAGGCCGAUUCGUCAGAAUAAGAAAACAAGGACCAUUACACGAGCAAUACGUUGCCUUGUGUGAGCUAGAGGUGUUCGGGACUAAAAUAGUCAACACAGAGAACUUGGCAUGGGGGAUGCCUACAUUUCAGUCAUCAAAACAUACCGAAUCAAAACUUUAUGCAGCAGUUGAUGGCAUCUUUAACUGUCAUUUAAAAGAAUCAUGUGAACAAACAGCCCCAGGUGACAAAGGGCCAUGGUGGAUGGUAGACCUGCAAAAGAAUGUGGAGGUUUCAGCGGUCAAAAUCUUCACGUGCUACCAAUGUAAUUCUUGUGAUGAUAACCUUCACAACUUCUACAUUGAAACUAUGAUGGACCUUAAGCAGGAACCUAACGUGUGUCAUCAUCAGGUGUCUAAAGUGAAUGGAACUGGCACGUAUUUCUGUACAACGGCCUGGCUAGCGCGGUAUGUGAGGAUCCGGAAGGAGGUCAAUGACAUCGAUAGCCUUUCCUUCUGUGAAGUGGAAGUGUAUGCGAACAGUACAGAAACUCAUGCACCUAAUUUGGCUGUAUGGGCAGAUGAUAAAACUGAGUGUGGGAAAAUAAUGAAACCACCGACAUCAGGCGACGUCAAGAGCAUCCUGUGUCCCCCUAUGACUCUUGCUAGUAGUGUAAAGAUAGUGAAAACUCCAGCAUAUCACGGGGACACCCUCUCGAUGUGCGAGGUUGAAGUGUAUGGAAGUCCAAUAAAUCGAAACUGGGCUUUUGGUAUGAAGGCAUACUUGUUUGUACCUGGGACUGUGGGAAAUCAUUCAAUAUUUCAUGCAGUGAACUACAUUGUCGACGGCGAUGUCUCCAAUGGAUUUAGCACACCGUCAUGUCCUACCUACCACGCAACUGAGCCUAUCAUUUUGAUCGUUGAUUUAUAUGACAGAUAUGUGCUUGUCGAGAAGAUUGUGUAUCUGACCACAGCUGGUCCAAAAGAAGCUGCUACGUACAGGAAUCUUGUUGUUAUGCUUUAUAAUUCCGACACCGGAUUUCUCAACAACAACGCAUGCCAUCCUGACCGCGAGGUAUUCGAAGCAGGGUUAGCCAUUAAGGUUCUCUGUUCAGGAAAGACACGUGUUGCGAAUCACGUGAUCGUGAAAAAUGACCCCCAAGAGAGAGAGUUCUUAGCGUGUGAGGUGGAGGUUUAUGGAACGUUGGCAAAAUUAAAAACUCCUCCCAAGGAUUACAGGCAUAUUCCCGAAGAGUGGCACAAAUGAACAAUACAUGCAAAGUAUUCAAAAUAUGUUUUCCUUUCUCUUUAAAUAUUUACUUUUUUCUUCUUCUUUUGUAAGUCCUAUGUCAAAGUUGCCAUAAUGACGAUUACCGCGACAAAUAUUUGUUAAUUUUUGCUUUGAGAAAUAAAGUUCUACCCUCAAGCUCUAUGCCUAUAAAAAUUACACGGAAAUAAUUCAAUAUAUUAGUAGCAAAAAAGGUAUUUUAGGGGGAAUCUUGAGAGUGUCACAUUCAAUAACUAGUGACGUCACUAUUUUAUGCUACACAUUCAACUCACUUAAGUUUUUUCCAUAAUUUUGUUUUUUCAAACAAUUGGCAAAGAAACAAAGAUGGUGAUUAUGCUAUAUUUAGUCACAAAAUUAUUCGGGAACCCUUCUUAUCGUCCAGUACAAGACUUUUAAAAAAAUAUUAUUCUUGAGUUACUUAUAUGAAGAUUAUGCGUGGGAUCGAUUAAUCUGUAGUUGUUUAUUACAAAUAAAUGUGAAAAUAACAAAAUAUAGUAGUUUCAACUUUGACAUAUGACCUUUAAGUUCUGGAAACUGCUUACUUUUUAUUUCUUGCUACAAUUUGAAUGAAAGAUAUGCCUAAAAGCGAACUCGCUAUUUGUUAUGUUGUUAACUAAAAGUGACUAUCGUGAAUAAAGGUAUUAUUUCA